AUGACAUGCCAAGCAUUGCUCACUGAUGAGCUAAACGCUUGGGAGCUCACGGGUGCCCUCCUGUGUGGCCGUCUCAAGGCGAACGAUUUAAUGGAAGAAGGUGACGACAACACCAUCUUCGUCGACGGAUCUCGCGAAGCUAGCGAUAGGGAAAUCGUGGAAUCCCUCAUGACGAGAGACUCGUUCACACGGCAGGCGCAACUAGUGGUCGACUGGUUAGAAAGAUUCGCGGUGCCUCAGUGCGGUAUGAGUGAUGACGACGACAGGCUCGAGUAUUUCGCUGACGAAGGCUGUGCCUGGAAAAACACCCUGCACCAUUUUCAGUCCUGCGCCGACGUCGGUAGCGCACCGUCGUCUUACGUGACUGAACAGAACUCGGAUGCGCCCUCGAGGGAGCGGCUACGGAUACACGACCUCGACCGUGAGGACGAAUGUCACCUCUUCCGCAGCGUAUUCUUCCACCUGCGAGCAGGCCAACUGCAGUGGACUCAGGAGCUGGUUGCCGACAAUGGUCAUUUUUGGCUAGCCGCCGUGCUCGAAGGAUGGAGGCCCUACCACGACCAGAACAACGGCAGCAUCAUGGGCGCCAACUCUAUUCAACCCACCGAAGGCAACCUCAACCGGGACCUCUGGAAGCGCGCCUGCUGGGAAGCAGCGUCGAAUCCCACGAGUUCGCUGUACGAGCGCACCGUGUACGGUGCGUUGAGUAGCAACGUACAAGCAAUGCUGCCCGCGUGUACCGCAUGGGAGGAAAAACUCUGGACUCGCAUGCGCGCUGUGGUCGACGUGUGCAUGGAGCAGGAGCUCCGCACUGCCACGCAGCAAGCUAGAAGCCUGGAACCGCUUCGGCCUGGCUACCCCAUUGACUGUGCAACCUUUGAAGACGUUUUCCGUGAACUGCAGGCGGCUGUGGGUUGUAGUGAGGCACGAGACCAGAAGAUCACGCACAUCUCGCAGCGAGGUGUGGUGCUGGACGAUGCUGUUCCCAUGGUCGAACAGAUACACGACUGGACAACCCACUCAGGUGAAUGA